AUGUUGGAUUCCUUUGUUACAACUAGUGCUCAAUUAAUUGGAUUUCCAGAAGAUAUGUUUAGGUUUUUAUUUGCAUUUAUAGUAGAAGUCCCUAUUUCUAUUAUUUGCAGAUAUAUUCCAUUGAGUACAGACAUGAAAUAUCUCAUUUAUGGUAUAAUUGGUAUUUUUAUAUCAUUUUUUGUAUAUUCAACCAUGACUUAUUGUGUAUUGAUAACCAUGAUUCCAGUUUAUCUAAUUAUGAAAUAUGUACCAACAAGAAAAGGAGCAUAUACUUGCUUUGGAAUAUCAUUAGGAUAUUUAUUAACUAUUCAUAUCAAAAGAAUGAUUGACAAUUAUCUUGGAUAUGAUCUUGACUUUUCUUCUGUUCAAAUGGUAUUAACAAUUAAAUUUACAACAUUUGCUUUUUCAGUUUGUAAUGCACAGGACAAAGAAUAUAAAUGUUCUGAACAUACUGAAAAACACAAAAUUUACAAUUAUCCAAGUAUACUUCAAUUCUUUGGGUAUACGUUCUUCUUCCCUGCAUUCUUCUCAGGACCAUCUAUGGAAUAUACAGAUUUUGUAUCAUUUAUUGAUAUGUCAAUGUUUAAAGAAUUUAAUAAUAAACUUCCACCAAUUAAUAUGAAAGCUGUUGGAAAAGUUACAUUAAGGCUUAUUUUAAUUAUUGUAUUUCAUUUAAUUUCAAUUAAAUGUUCAAUAUUUGAAUUCUGUGAGUAUUAUAUUUUAGGUCAUAAAGAAGAAUCUACUUGUUGGUUUAAAUUAUUAAUGAUACUUUUGUAUGUUGAGUUUAUUAAAUUAAGGUAUUAUUUUGUUUGGGAAUUCGGAGAAUUGUUAAGUAUUCUUAUGGGAUUUGGUUAUAGUGGAAUGAAAGAUGGAGAAACAACAUGGGAAGGAUUUAAAAAUGUAGAUAUUUGGAAAAUGGAAACUUCUGAUUCUGUUAGACAAAUUGUUAGUAAUUGGAAUAUUCAAACUGAAAGAUGGCUAAGAUAUUAUGUCUAUGAAAGAUUAAAUCAAAAUAAAACUCUUGCACCAUAUAAAUCACUUUUAACCAAUAUGGUUAGUGCAUUUUGGCAUGGAUUGUAUCCAGGGUAUUAUAUCGCAUUUGGUACUAUGACUUUACAACAAAAAUUCCAAUAUAUGUUAUAUACUCAGGUUCUUCCAUUGUUAAGAAAUAAGUAUGGAGAAAAAUCAAUUCCAAUUUAUCUUUAUCAUACAUUUAAUUAUAUAUAUACUCCUUUUGCUCAAAUGUAUUGUUUUGUAUCAUUUGUUCUUUUAAGUUUUAGUGCUACAUUUACUGUUUACUCAUACACUUAUUUCAUUCCACAUAUUAUUGCUCUUUCAGGUUGGAUGUAUCUUUCAUAUUUUCCAGUUUAUAAAAAACCAUCCCGUCAAGAAACUGUAGAAACAAAACCAAAAGAAGUUAGUACUGGAUCACCAGCUACAAAAGAAACAACUAAAAGUGAAUAA